AUGGCGGUGGGCGCCCGGCUCCGAAGCAAGGCGGCCAGCAGCCUCCAGCGCCGCGGGCUCCGGGGGCGAGGGCGGCCGGAGGGGGACGAGGAGACGCUCGCCAUCCUGGAGCACCUGGAGUGCGGGGACGAGGACGCGGAGGCGGCGGCGAGCGGGACGAGCGCCCCGGCGGCGCGGAGCGCAAGGAGGGUGCACCUCGCCUUCCUCCCCGAGCGCUACGAGCCGCUGGACGAGCCGGCGCCCGCGGAGAAGCCCAAGAGGAGGUACCGGCAGAAGCUGAAGAAGUAUGGCAAGAAUGUCGGGAAGGUCAUCACCAAAGGAUGCCGCUAUGUGGUCAUCGGCCUGCAGGGAUUUGCCGUGGCCUACUCCUCCCCAUUUGGAGUAGCCACCAGCGUGGUGUCCUUUGUCCGCUAAUGGAAGCUGCUGGGGCAGGUGCCUCAAGAAUGAAUAGAAGGCUCUGCUCUCAGAACUCAGCGAAUCCAAGAACAGUUUAGACUUGAACUCACAAAAUACUUGGGAGAAAAAAAAUAUCUUUCUUAGUUGAAUGGGAUGAGUGUUAGGACAAAGUCAUCCGUGCCCUGUCUGCUGAGCUUUUCACAUCUCUUGGACCCAGG